AUGCGGAACAUGCUGCGGGCCUACGAUAAGCAGCCUCAACUUAAAAUAUCACUGAUUUAUAUGAUUUAUUCUACCACCAGCUCGGAUUUUCCAUCUACCAAAUCCAACAAUGAGGCUAUUGAGUACACUGAAUAUAUUGCGAACAAAAUUCCAUAUACCCCUGACAUGAAGAUACCGGUAUUUUGUGGCUUCUUUGAAUUUAUAUAA